CCGGCAAGUCUGGGAUCGCUCUCAAGGGACCUUGGGAUCUAGCGCUGACGGCUUGGUAGAGUUUGGCUAGCUGUCAAAGAUACAAAGGAGUUUGGCGGCACCUCUCAGUGCGAUCAGUAAUUGUCCUUUUUGUCUUUCUAAUCGGCACGGCUUCACCAUCAUACGGGGGACUUUGGCCGAUUGGCCUUUUAAGUGCGAAUUGACUAUUGGGGUUGAACCGGGUAAGAUACGAAUGCAUGAUGCAGGAGACACGUUGGUUUCCCGGGUUGAAGGUUCCCACCCUGGCAGGGAAUGAGAAGCCCAAGUGCUUAUAUCAGAUUUGAUGGGAUUUCGCUGACGACACGCAUUUCUCUAGACCGUUUCAGCCGGCUUAUUCUCGACGACGAUCUAUCGGGACGCGUGGUGAUGAGAUAAAGCCCGGACGGCGCCCAGCAUUUUGGUUCUCGUGAAAUUCCACCGUCUCUGAGAUUCUCACUCUCACUCUCAUCAUCUGAAACCAUUUGAUCCUUGCCGCCAUUCAAUCUCAAGUAUCAGACGCAAGAUACGACCCAGAUGGCCUCAGAAACCUACCUCGUAACAGGCGGCUGCGGCUUCCUGGGCAGCCACAUCGUCGAGAAGCUCCUAGCCGCCUACCCGACCGCCCGCAUCGCCGUCUUCUCACGCAACCCGACGACGAACACCUUUCCCGGCGUCACAUACCACGCCGGCGACAUUGCCUCCCUCGACGACGUCGCGAAGGUCUUUCGGGAGGUGAAGCCAACGGUGGUGUUCCACUGCGCGGGGAUGAUGACGGUGGGACGCAAAGUCAUGACGGAUGCGUUUGUGAGGGCGAUCAACGUCGACGGGACGAGGCAUGUGCUGGACGAGGCGAAGAGAGCGGGCGUGAAGGUGUUUGUGACGACGAGUAGUGCUAGUGUGGUGCAGAAGGAGAUGUUUCGGGAUAUCGAGGGUGGCGAUGAGAGUUUGCCUAUUGCUGAGGAGGGGGAUGAUACGCUGGCUUAUCCCAAGACGAAGGCCGCCUCGGAUAAGAUGACUCUGGAAUACGACGACCCAUCCGGCAUGCGAACCUGCACCCUCCGCCCCGCCGCCGUCCACGGCGAACGAGACAACGACAUCACCCCCGCCAUCCUCCGCAAUCUCCGCCUCGGCCGGAACAAGAUGCAAAUCGGCACCAACAAGAACCUCUUCAGCACAACCUACGCGGGCAACGCCGCGGACGCGCACCUCGCGGCGGCCUCGAAGCUCCUCGACGCGCCGGACGGCGUCGCGGGCGAAGCCUUCUUCAUCACCAACGGCGAGCCCGUGCCCUUUUGGGAUUUCAGCAGGGCCGUGUGGCGGGCUGCUGGGGACGAGACGAGGAUUGAGGAUGUGAGGGUUAUUAAUAUGACGUUUGCGCUGGCGUAUGUGUGGGCUUUGGAGUGGGUUUACUGGUUUAGGGGCGAGGUGCCGCCUUUGACGAGGCAGGUUGUUCGGUUUUCGGGGAUGAGUAGGUGGUAUGUUAUUGAUAAGGCUAAGGAGAGGUUGGGGUGGAAGCCGGAGGUGAGUCAGGAGGAGGGGAUACGGAGGGCUGUUGAGUGGUGGCUUGAGAAGGAGAAGAGGGAGGCGGUUGGGGGAGGGCAGUGAGUUUGAUGUGUGAGGACGAAGGUGGUAGUGAGAGCAUCUCUGGACACUGUUGUUGUGAAGGAUGUAUGACGAGAUAUUUAGCACCGUGGUGUUGAUCUUAGGUUGGUAUUCGGUGUUUCUUAGACUGUUUUCAUCAACUUCCAUGUCGGAUCCAUCACUUUAUGCUCCUUUCUAGUAAGCCACAGCAUGGCCAGAGGGUAGUCCACGCCAGAUGAAGGACAAAAUGAUGUUGCAUUCAUCUCUGUCAUGGACUUUUGCUCAUUACUGUGCUCAUAAACGAAG